AUGGCGUACGCUGCUGGUGCUAUCUACGUCAGCAAGGUGUUCGACCAGGCAUUGAAGAAUUCAACAUUAGAUAUGGUGAACGACCUACAAGAAGCGUUACAGAGAUUGCUUGUCGAACAGGACUGGAUGGACCGUGCUACAAAAAAGGUUCUUUUCUGUGGAAAUACAAAAACUAGUUCCAGUGGCCUGCUGUUGCUGCUGACCGCAUCAAUUAAGUUGUUGAGGGGUGAUCUUUGCGGUCUGGGAGCUGUUUCCUGGUCGGAAAACGGUCGACGCAAAGCCGAAGAUGAUAACCACUGA